CAGGAGGAGGAGGAGCAGGACAGGGAAGAGGAAGUCCUGGACGUGGCAGAUACACAGGAAGAGCUUAUGGGCGAGGAUGAAGAGAAUGUUCUAGAAGAGCAUGAGGAAGAGGAACUGCAGCCUGUUAACCCUGUGCUUCCCCCUGAAGUGCCUUGGAGGCUGUUCACCUGCCCUCAGUGCCGAAAGGGAUUUUGUCAGUCAGGCUUCCGCCCCAACGUGGAGCUCGCCAACAUGGUGCAGGUGAUUCGGCAGAUGCAGCCAACCUCUGAGCAUGGGGGGCCUGUAAAUGAGAACAUGUGUCCUAAGCACCAGGAAGCCCUGAAGCUCUUCUGCACCGUAGAUGAAGAGGCCAUCUGUGUGGUGUGCCGCGCAUCCCGGGGCCACAGAAAGCACAGUGUGGUGCCACUGGGGCAGGUGGUGCAGGCAUACAAGACCCAAUUGCAGGAGCAGCUGGAACCCCUUAGGAGGCACCUGGAGGCUGUGCAGAACCUCAAGGCCAGGGAGGAGAGUCGCUUGAUGGAGGGUAUGAGCCAGAUGAAUGCACAGGUGGCACAUGUGUCCUCAGAGUUUGGGCAGCUGACUUACUAUUUGUACCAAGAGCAGAAAGACCUGGAGAGACACAUGAAAGACCAAUACAGAUGUAAGAUAGGGCAGGCACAGGUGGAAGCCGAGCGCCUGUCAGAGCUGACCACCAAGCUGAGCUGCCUGCUGGCUGAGGCCCAGGAGCGGAGCCAGCGGGGCAACCUGCGGCUGCUUCGGGAGACUCUGGGAAAGUGUGAAGAAAUACAGCGGCAGCUCCCCCACGUCAGCUCCCCCGACCUGAGCAAUCCCAAAGGUGAUGACUUCAUGAAAGACGCCGUCGUGAGGAAAAUGAGUCUGAACUUCUGUGAGGAUGCAGGCAUGAAUGAGACAUCUGACCCUGGCACGUCUCGUGCAGCCUCAGUGCCGUCUUCUGCUUGCCAUGACCCACCCGAUGGACACGCAGAAGGUUACUAA